AUGGGGAUUUCAGGCCCCAAUCUUGCAAAUAUCCUUUGCCGGGACCCAAGCGUUUUGGAUUGCAGCUUGGAAGACCAUGUCAUCCCUUUGGUCAACUUCCUUAAGAGUUUCAUUCACAGAUAUGAAGAUAUGGCUCUUGUUCUGGGUCGCUUGAGAUUGCUGAAGGGAGUCCCUGAGUUAAUGGGUCCAAACAUUGAGAUCUUGCGCGAUCAGGGCUUUCCCGAUUCCAUCAUUUCAGAGCUAAUAUUACGCCGACCUCAGUUGUUAACUUGGAAAGCAAGCCGGUUUAAGGAGAAGUUACUGCAAACCAAGCAAAUGGGGUUUGACACCUCAAGUUCGCUGUUUGUUUUGGGUUUUCAUGCGGUUUCACAGAUGAAUAAGCCUACGUGGGAAGCAAAAUUGGAGGUUUUCAGCAGUUUUGGAUGGAGGGAGAAUGAGAUUCUCUCUCUGUUCAGAAAGCAACCUGGUUAUUUGACUCGCUCUGAGAAUAUUAUCAGGACCCAUUUGAAUUUCUUUAUGUACAAACUGGAUUGGACAGCUGUAGAAAUGAUCGAGAAUUCAGAACUUUUAUACCAAAGCUUGGAGAAGAAAAUUAUUCCAAAGUGUCUUGUUCUUGGAGUUCUUUCCUCCAAGGCUCUGUUUGGGAAAGAAAAAUUGGGCAAGGCACUGAAGAUGAAUGAAGUUAAGUUCUUGAAGAAGUUUGUGAUGAAGUAUGAGAAGGAACUACCUGAGCUGUUGAAUUUGUACAAAAGUAUGGCGGAAUCUCCCAGACCAGAAGCUGGGUCUGAGGAAGGCAGCAGGGAUGAUAACUUGUAG